CUCUCUCUCUCUCUCUCUCUCUCUCUCUCUCUCUCUCAUAUUUAAUCCCUCUGUGACAGUCCACUCCUCCCUCCUCCUGCAUCUUUGCCUGUCUCUCCGACCCUCUUGUCUCUCUGCUGUAUCAGACUCUGUCAGCCCAUCUCCCAGGGACCUGCCUGCCCUGAGUGCACGUGAAGCUACUGCUGCACCCCUGAACCAUGGCUGCUACCGGAACGUUCCGCAUGGUGUCUGAGGAGGAGCAGGCGAUGAGGAACAAGCUGGAGCACCUGACCGUGAAGGACCACGGCCCCGUGUUCGGACCCUGUGAAAAGCUGCCCGGCCACACCCUUCAGAAGGCCAAGGAUGAGCUGAACGAGACGGACGAGAGACGGGCGUCGGCCCUGAAGGAGCUGAGGGCCGCCAUCCGAGAGCGGGGGGCCGGGGGCGGGGAGGAGCUGGAGGCGAUGGUGCUGGAGCGCUUCGGGGAACACCCCGACUCCAUGCUGCUCCGCUUCCUGAGAGCCCGCAAGUUCGACGUGGGCCGAGCCUACGACCUCAUGAAGGGCUACGUGCGGUUCAGGAAGGAGUACCCUGAGCUGUUUGAGAACCUGACCCCUGAGGCGGUGCGCAGCACCAUGGAGGCCGGCUACCCGGUGGUCCUGCCCAGCCGGGACAAGUACGGCCGGGUGGUCCUGCUCUUCAACAUCCAGAACUGGGACCUAGAGGAGAUCACCUUUGACGAGACCCUGAGAGCCUACUGCGUCAUCUUGGAGAAGCUGCUGGAGAACGAGGAGACGCAGAUCAACGGCUUCGUGCUGAUCGAGAACUUCAAGGGCUUCACCAUGCAGCACGCGUCCGGGAUCAAGCCUGCGGAGCUCAAGAAGAUGGUGGACAUGAUGCAGGAGUCCUUCCCGGCCCGCUUCAAGGCAGUGCACGUGACCCACCAGCCCUGGUACUUCACCACCACCUUCAACGUGGUCAAACCCUUCAUGAAGAGCAAGCUCCUGGAGAGGGUGUUUGUCCACGGCGAUGACCUGGACGGCUUCUUCAAGGAUUUCGAUGCGAACCUGCUGCCAGCAGACUUUGAUGGAAAAGCUCCCGUCACUGACUACAAGGCUGUGGCCUCCAAGAUCUUCGGGUCUGAAGACACUGCUCUCUGAACAUGCACUGGUUAAACACCUCAGAACACCAGGCGGGAACCACGCCCUCCAGUUGUACCCACGGUGCCCUGAAAUCUGGAUGCUUCUUGCCUUUUCUCUCUCUGUUCUCAACUAUCCUUGCCAUUUCCCCCUUCACCUAAAACAUGUAUUCAAUGGCAAAAAAAAUGCAUUUAGAAUUGAAUUAGAUUUUCUUCUUUUUUUUUUUUUUUUACAAGUGGUCAACAUUGGAGGCAAAAGGGAUGUUUGUAAAAAAUAUAUAUAUAUCGAGACUGAGGAAAAGUAAAACGGAAUAUGAAAGUUGAAAGAUGGGUUGAACCUGGAUGCGGUACAAAACCAGUAAAAUGGUGGUAGUAAGGAACAGUUAGAAAUAUAACUCGAAACAAAAGUGUUGCCUUAAAAUAGUGUUUUAUCGACUCGGUAGGAAAGCUGAACACCUAGAUGGUGUUAGCAGAGUCCUUAAUAUGAGGGUCUUGGAAGAACUGUAGAAUAAUAUUUGAUUAGCAGAAUAUCCUUGGUUAGAUUAGGCAAGGGUCAAACUUUGCAAUGCCGUGCACGUUUUUGCCUUUUUGAAACAGCCUUAUUCAAUGUCCAAUAAAAUACAAAUGUAUGUUUAGCAAAAAUAUUAAAUCGUGCAAAUGUUCAAUGCUCUAUAAACCAAUAUAAAUUAGUUGUUCCCAGAUAACGAUGCAAUAUUACAAUAUCGCUGUAAAAUCAUUUCCAACACAAGUGUUGAGUAUAUUGAGUAUAAAACGUGUUAAAGUUUCUGAUACCGAUAUCUUUAUAAAUGAUAUCAGUUAUUAGCUAUAUCUUUUUUUAAGUCAAACUCAUAAAUGUUACCACGACAAAGUAGUAAAGUGCAAGAAACCUUUUUCUUUUGAGAAAAUAGUUUAUUUUUUUUAACACAAUACCCAUAUUCUCUCAAAAUCAGUACGCCACAAAGCAUUUGGUUCCCUUAACAAAUUACACAAGUGACCAGAGUUCAUGAGAGAUGCAUGAAAAUAUCGUCCGUUUCUAUCCCUUCCCCAAACGCCACAGCACAUAACCAUCUCAGAACGUUACAGAAUGUCUUGUAAACUCAAAAGUGGACCUGUGGAAGAGUCCAGGUGGGAGACAGCGCAUUGAGAGAACAUUGUUAAAAAGGUCUCCUAAAUCCCGAAUUAAUUCCAAACACUACAAGACGUUGAUUUAACACGUCAAGACACAUCUCUUGCAACGUCCAAUGCAGAAAACACACGGCCCUAGGUUUUAAUUAUACAGGUGGACCGGGGCUAGGGUUAAAACUGUUUUAUAUGAAUGGAAAGAAAAAAAUCACAAUCCAAUUCUCAUAAAAAAAAACAUGAGAAACAAAUGAAAACAACAAGCUCCAGGCAUUAGUAUCUUUCUAAAACACUUUUGACACAGUUGGUUUUAUUACAUAAAGGAUUGGCAUAAGAAAACCCUUCCAAUCCUUCCGUUAUUGCCAGUAUUGAUAAUCCCUGGUCCCUCAAAUAUUUAAAUGUAUAUUCUAUUUUAUAUAUAUAUACUGUAUGCUAUAUAGAGAUUUGUAUAGAUUUUAGUACAUUUCAGUAGGUAUCUUAAAGUGAAGACGAGUUUUGGUUUGGUUAUCAAGAUGUGGUGUUUUGACAUAACACAGCUAUGUCUAUCUUCAUAAUACUCCCACUCUGAUGUUUUUCAAACAGGACAAUAAUAAUAACACAAUUAGUCACGAUAACAAUAUUAAGUACAAAAACCCCACAAAAUAAUAACAUAGAAAACGAACGAUCGUAGCCAACACACCCAAACCUGCAUCAUUGUGCAAAGUUAUGGGGAGUCAUAGUUCUCCAAAGAAAUAAGAAAAUAAAAAAAUAAAUAAAAAACACAAUCAACUUUCGUUGUGGCACCACAGCGGGGUGUGCUGGUGUUUAAAAAAAUAAAGCAGUAAACCAAUCUGACUUAGACUUGCUGUGAACUGCCAACUGAACCCUUAUGGAUUGGAACUACAUGACUGGAUUUUGCCAUCAGCAUGUUUAAGACGUUACAGUUGCCACUCCCUACCUACGGGUGGCGCAAUACAGAUUAGAAGAUUCAAAAGGCAGAAGGACAGACCUCACGUGAAAGAGUCUGACCAGGAAUAGGAUAUAGCAGUUGAGCAUCUGAAAACACCCGUCUGAAUUCAUCUACGGUUAGCCCUUGCUACAAAUGAGCAAACACAAUUUCCAAACAAGAAAAUGAAUACUAUUUCAAGUUCUGCAUAUUGACUUGGCGAACAGCAGCAGUUCAGAAGCGGUUUGUAGCCGCGUUGAUUGUCCCGGCAUUAGACCGGUCCAAUCAGUGUUCACAGUAGAGCGUUUUCUUAUUUGUAUCUUGCUUGAAUAUUUUCUUAUGCAGCAUAUGAAUACUUAACUCUAGAUUUUUUUAAUAGAACACCGUUUGCAAGAUCGAUUUUUAAAAAAAUAAUAAAAAAA